AUGGCCACCUCGUACACUGUCGAAGAUUGGCAGCGCUCUGACGCCUACCAUAACUCCUUCCUCAUCCCCCCCGACGAGGCUCUUGAGCGUGCGCGCAAGGCUAGUGACGAAGCGGGCCUGCCUUCCAUCGCCGUCAGCACGGCGCAGGGCAAGUUUUUGAACCUUCUCGUUCGCUCGCACGGCGCGAAGAGGGUUCUCGAAGUUGGCACUCUCGGUGGCUAUUCAACAAUCUGGCUUGCGCGCGCCGUUCCCCAGGACGGUCAGGUAAUCACCUGCGAGAUCUCUGAGAAGCACGCAAAGGUCGCCCGUGACAACAUAGCCCAUGCUGGUUUGGCGUCCAAGGUCAAGCUCCUGCUUGGUCCCGCCGCCGAGACCCUCAAGACUAUGCAACCUGACCAGCCCUUCGACUUCAUCUUCAUUGAUGCCGACAAGCCGGGGAAUCUCACGUAUCUCCUGGAGGCCAAGCGCCUCAUCAAGAAAGGGGGUGUCAUCAUUGUCGACAAUGUCGUCCGUCAUGGUAUGGUUGCCAAUCCGAAUGCCGACGACGACAACUCAAAGGGUGUUCGUAAGCUCCUCGAGCACUUGAAGACGGAUAAAGAGUUGGAUGCGACAACCAUCGGGACUGUUGGUGAGAAGGGAUGGGAUGGUUUCACCUAUAUUGUCCGUCUGUGAUCUAGUGAUCACUCCGUUCCUGAAGCGAAUGCUCAGUGUCUGUAGCUCAGUGAUUGUUGUGCGUUGUUAUUUGUAAAUCGCGAGAUUCGCUAUAUCAUCGUCUGUCGCUAUAGCGCAACAUGGCAUUCCUUUCCUCGCAUGCGAGUAAGUGAACUAACAAAUUUGGAAUGUAGAUCAAAAUGUCCAAUCGCAGAGAGGAGAAUCGACGAGUAGUGUCCAUGCACAGCAAGCGAGAAAUGGUAUCAAAAUAUCGACACUGUCCGCAGAGCAUUAUCCUGGCUAGAGUAGUACUGAAUGAGCACAAACAGUAUUAGUAGACGACACGUAUGAGCGUCCAUAACAUUUUUGGCAAUCACGUUUAGAGGGCGAGGAAUACCGCUGCGAUAGCAGCAACGCCGACAAGGCCGCUGGACAUGGCGGUGGAGCGCGCGCCAUUGGUCGCGGCCGCGGCCGUCG